AUGAAGUUCGAGCCGAGACAGGACCCGCCAACCCAGCCAACGGCACCUGGAACAAACCAGGGGCAAACGCCUGCUGCGACCAAGACAGGUGAACCAGGAUCGUCCUCAGGAUCAACAUCAUCGUCAUCGUCUACAACGGUGACUGAGGUACCCACCGCUACUACGACGCCCGUCACAGUUCCGCAGGGAGUGGAUACAAAGACUGUGACUUCGGAGUGCAGCUCACUGACAUGGGAUCCGGUAUUGAGUACGAACGUCUGUCCAACACCAACCACUGGACAGCCCGUUGGAGAAACGACAAGUCCUGCGUCCACGACAAGUUCCAUUGCACCCAAAUCGACUACGGGCAAAACUGGGGGUAUCCAGACUCCGACAGCGUCUGCCGGCUCAUCACCGGCUUCGAAAGAAAUCUCAGGCGGUGCAGUGGCCGGAGUGGCGAUUGGGAUGUUGCUCGCCGGGUUUUUGAUCGCUGGAGCCGUAUUCCUGUUCCUGUUACGCCGUCAGAAGAGAAGACGAUACAAUCCAACGCUAGCUCCACCACCGCCGCAUGCACCCACUAGCAACGCUGGCGGGCGACUGGAGAAAGGCACGGCACUUGUUACGAGUGCCUAUGCUACCGAUAUCGACGAUAUGCUACCUCAACCUGCAUCAGAUGAUACUAUCACCGACGCAGCCUUGAAGAUACGGGACAACAUCAAAAACCACGUUCGAGAGUUUUACCAUGUUUCUCCCGUCCCGACAGGCAGUAUCAACCAGGCAAAUAUGAAAGAGCUGGCGGUUGCAACUGGCACAAGCUCUUCCGUACUUGCAAGCAUGCUCUCGAAUAUCUCGACCCGAGCCGAAACGCUUCGCCUCAUUGUAGCCUGGAAUGUGCUCUCGAGAUGCACCGGAGAACGCGUUGAGAGCUUGCUUCCGGGAGAGCUUGCGCCGCUCGCCUCAGCUGUUCCUGGAAGAGAUGGUAAAAACGCCGCGCAAUCAGCCAUGUACAGCAAAUGGAAGGCCAUGACUGGUGCUCUCCUGCAUGGUCGAAUUGGUCAGGAUACGCAAGAGCGAUUCCAAAGAUUCGCCAGUGCGGCUGCAGACCUGGAUGCCAUCGUGGCGCCCUUCGUGCAGAGUGGCUUGGAAGCUCAGCGCCGCAAGAAUUUGAACAUGAUUCUUGCGCGAUCGGCAAACUUCGCAUUUCUACUCUUUUCGCAGCCCGGAGUCUUCCACUUCGGAUUCUCUAGCGAACAUGGCGGGUUAGCAGUGUUCCCAGCAUUACUACAGAUUAUCGGAGACCAGGGGCAGGUGCUGGUGCCGUCACGCGUGCUGCUGGAAAAGGAGAUUGCGGCAUGA